GCUUAUCAGCUCGUGGUCGGCCGCCAUCGGGCCUCCGGGCCUGCUGCGGCGGCGCGGCCGGUUGAGGCCGGGCUCGGCCCGGCCCGCGACGGCUGGCCGCCGACGAGCGCGCUCGCGCUGCUCGUCAAAAUGGCGGCGGUGUCGAUUGCGGCGACGGUCGUUCAGUCGCUCAGCGCUCAGUCGUCUGUCGUCUGUUGUCGCAUUUCGCACACGCGCGCGCCGCGCGACCCGCCCAAAAGCUGCUCGCUCGAACCGCGGCCGACUCUGCCAUCGCGGCUGCAGCUGUUGAGCUCUCCAGAAGACUGGUGCCUGAUAUGCUGCCUCCCUGCGGAUGCUGCCGGCGAGCCUGGCGGUCCGCGGUACUACAAGGAAGUGCUGACUCGAUGCCUUCCCGCAAUCUUCUACCCCGAGAUCACCCGAGAGCAGCUGAGUCUGCCUCUGGCCUCGCCUCCCUCUCCUUCAGGCAUUCGUGGCAUCCUAUGGGUCGACCAGAGUAUCGACCUCUGGCUUGUCAGCCGCCCCACCGAGGGCACCAUGAAGUACAGCGAUCGCCAUCUCGCUGGCCUCUCCGCGCCCCCCGACCGCGUCGAACUCACGGCGCGGGCUCUCUCGGCUACGGGACCGGCCCCAGCUUCGGCUGAGGGCUGA